AUGGCAAUCACUGGUCAUCAAUUUGUUGGUGAUUACUAUGCAUAUGCCAAACCUAAUAAUAAUCACAAAAGAGAAGCUCUUUCUGGAAUUGUUAACCGACUUAAUGGACUUCCUUUAUUACCAUACCCAAAUACUACAAAUGUAAAUGAAUCUGACUUUUCUCAAUUUACUUCAACAUCUGAAAGUGAUUCCGAUUUUGACGUAGAAAAUGAAUUUUAG